AUGGGGUGCCCGGACCCCCUUCGCUACGAGGCUGGCAGCGGCCCUCCCAGCACGCCGCCUCCAGAGCCCCGGGCAGAUUCUAGAACAUGUACUCAUCUGACGCCAGCAGGGCGGGAGCAGCCAGCCGCGGCCCGGCACUGCCUCCUGGGCAGCAACUCAACCCCUGAGAUCACAGCCCAGCUUACACCUGGUGAGACUAGGAGGCACCGCAGGGCGGGUCCUACAGUCCCCCACGAGGUCCAGCUGUUUGACCUGCGCCUCCUGUUCCUGCUCACGGCACUCCGCCCCGAGGUGCGCCAGCAGCUGUUCCAGGAGCUGCAGGGCGUGCCCCUGCUCACCCAGGCCUUGCAGCUGACGCUGGCAGACGGAGCGGGCCAUGGAGGUCCCCACGAGGUCCAGCUGUUUGACCUGCGCCUCCUGUUCCUGCUCACGGCACUCCGCCCCGAGGUGCGCCAGCAGCUGUUCCAGGAGCUGCAGGGCGUGCCCCUGCUCACCCAGGCCUUGCAGCUGACGCUGGGCGUGGCCCCGGGCCGGAGCCCCCCAGAGCGCCUCCCUCCCCAGCAGACGGAGCGGGCCAUGGAGGUCCUCAAGGUGCUCUUCAACAUCACGUUCGACUCCGUCAGGAGGGAAGUGGACGAGGACGAUGCUGCCCUUUACCGGCACCUGGGGACUCUGCUGCGGCACUGCGUGAUGGUGGCCUCUGCUGGGGACCGCACGGAGGAGUUCCACGGCCACGCAGUGAACCUCCUGGGGAACCUGCCCGUCAAGUGUCUGGACGUCCUGCUGGCCCUGGAGCCACGCAAAGGCUCCCUGGAGUUCCUGGGCGUGAACAUGGAUGUGAUGGGCGCCCUCCUCAGCUUCCUGGAGAAGCGCCUGCACCAGGCAUCUCUUGGGGACCAGCACCCGCUGUCCUGUGACCCACAGGAACCCCGAGCCAGAGGCUCCCACCACUGCCCCCUGUACUCCCUGCUCCCCUGCCCUGGGACCAACCUGCAGGGAGGUGCCCAGGAUGAGCAGCAGGUCUGCAGUGGGGAAAUCCACCACGUGCAGCAGGAACCUCUGGGGCAGCGCCUCCCCGAAGAACACGAUGUCGGGCUUCACGACGCCGCUGCCCCGCCCCUGCCCACAGUGCCCCGCUUCAUCAAGUACACGGGCUACGGGAACGCCGCCGGCCUCCUGGCUGCCCGGGGCCUCAUGGCAGGGGGCCGGCCUGAGGGCCAGUACUCGGAGGACGAGGACACGGACACGGAGGAGUACAAGGAGGCCAAGGCCAGCAUCAACCCGGUGACUGGGAGGGUGGAGGAGAAGCCGCCCAACCCCAUGGAGGGCAUGACGGAGGAGCAGAAGGAGCACGAGGCCAUGAAGCUGGUGAACAUGUUCGACCGGCUCUCCAGGUACGCGGUCUGGCCGGAGGGCCAUGCCUGUGAGACCCGGGGGCGGGGCCAGAGGAGGCCUAGGGCCCUGGCGGGUCUGUUCCUCACGUUUGGAAUCACCUGUUCUGGAUCGGUGGUUAGAGUCGAGGUCAGCAUUAUGUCUUUUUUAAAAAAAUAUGUUUUGGAG